UUACUAGUUUACUUUCGCUUCCUUUCUUCCUAUUUCCUUUCCGCCUCCUUCCUUCCUCUUCCACAUUUCUCACAAUCCAAACAAGCAGCAAAUCGAGAUAAAGAAGAAGAAGAAGAAAGGAAUGGGGAAUUGCCAAGCGGUUGACGCGGCGACGCUGGUGAUUCAGCAUCCCACCGGCAAAGUGGAGAAGCUCUACUGGCCCAUUACCGCAGCCGAAGUAAUGAAGACAAACCCCGGCCACUACGUCGCUCUCCUCCUCUCCACCACCCUCUACCCACCUAAUUCCUCUGCCUCCGGCGCCAAUGCUACUUCUACUAAUACUACCAAAUCCGCCGCCGGCAGCGGCGGGCCGGUGAGGCUGACGAGGAUUAAGCUCCUCCGGCCCACGGACACCCUCACCCUCGGCCACGUCUACCGGCUCAUCACCAAUCAAGAGGUGAUGAAAGGAUUGUUGGCGAAGAAGCAAGCGAAGCUCAAUCAAAACAAUCCCCAAUCAGCUGAAGAUCAUCAAUCGGCGUCCAAAUCGGAGGACCGGAGAAAACAGAGCAGCUCUGUUUUGCCGGCGACGAUAUCUGAAACGGACGAAUCCAGAAGACGGAGAAGAGCUCACGGCAGCAGCCACCCGGUUACGAGAAACGAAAGGAACAGAGGGUCAUCAUCGUCAUCAUCAUCAUCAUCAUCAUUGUCAGCAGGUGGAGCAGGGAGUGGGAGCGGGAGAUCAUCAAGAACAUGGCAGCCAUCACUGAACAGCAUCUUGGAAUCAGCUGGCAGCAGCAGCAGCAGCAGCAUCUAAUUUCAUACUUCAAUUAUAUUGUCUCCUCCUCUCUAGAGCUUAGUGAUGAUGCACUUUAGUGGGCAGUGGUUCUUCGUGCCGACACCAACAUCACAGCAUAUGAAACCCAGCUGGCUCUGCCCAACCGUCCAAUUCAUCAUCACCCCCUCAAAAACCUCAAGAAUAUAACGGCAAUUUUUGCUUUUAAUUAAUCCCACCUUCCUGGAUUUUGAGAUACCGUUUCUUUUUUCUCUUUAAAGAAAAGGAACCGUACGGAUACCUGUAUAGCAAAGAAAUUGAAAGAGGGAAAAGGGAGGAAAAACAGAGAGGAUGAGAGUGCGUUGUCUUCGUCGUGGUGGUGGUGGUGACUGCCUAAUAGGGUUUUUUCUUGUUUCUUCUCUCUUGUGAGAUCGAUGUAGUGAAAUGAAUAACAUCCAUUUGUAGUUUUAUGGCGCUGUUCGUUGGAGAAAUUUUAUGAAAUGAAUAAGAAAAAUGCCA